AUGGUAUCAUUGAAGAAACUUGCCAAGAAGGUGAAAGCUAGUGGUGGAGCUGACCCUAACACUAACCAUGAAUGUUUACUUAAGGGGUACCAAGAAGAAUUCUCCACAAACACAACUCCAACGGGUUAUUUUGCACUUUAUGUAGGGGAAGAACAUCAGAGAAAUGUAGUUCCAACAAGCUAUCUUUCUCACCCUUUAUUCAAGAUGUUGUUAGAGAAAUCAUACAAUGAAUUUGGGUUUGAGCAAAGGAAUGGCCUUGUAGUUCCAUGUAGUGUUUCAACAUUUCAAGAGGUUGUAAAUGCUAUUGAAUGUAACAAUGGAAAGUUUCACUUGGGCAAGAUUUUUCAUGAUUUUGUUUCAAGUGUAGAAAAAUAG